GUGAGGAAGGUGAGAGAGAGCCGUCUUUAGCAAAUAGGAUGGCAUCUUGUGGUCAGGUGUGAAGUCUCGCCGGCUUCAGGAAGGCACAAGGUUCUUCCACGGGCGGGUCCGAUGGGAAAAACGGCCUGUGAAAGAUCGUCAUGCGUCACUCGGCAGGCAGGAGCAAGGGGCAUCUGGUGGGGCUUCACCCCACCAUCCAGCGCACGUCCACCUUGUUCCGGACCUGUCCAGACCACUUCCAGCAACAUCCCCAAAAGCGUCAUGCCUUGACUGCUUCGGAGUCUCAGAGUCUCCCCACUGGUUCUCUUGCUCCGACAAAACAACUCAACAAUAUUGCCGCCUCACGGACCUGAAGCGGAACACGAAGAAAAGCACCACAUCCGAAGACGCAGCUGGUCACGGGAGCUGUGGCCAACAGAAUCGACAUCAACAACCACCAGAUAUCUUUGGUCAAAAGCCUUCCUAUUCCUGAACUUAUCAAACACACUUAUCGUACCUAAAGAUACAAAACCCACAAUUCGCAUACAGAACAACUGCGCAGAACAUGGCAUCCGCCAUUCCGGAACCAGCCAACAAGUCCAUCAACGGAGACGGCGCUGUCUCGCCCUCUCCGGGAGGGAGGCACCCCUCCAUCUCACUCCAAGCUACUGCGACCCUGAACGCCCAGCUGCAGCGGGAGUCACCCUCCAGACGCUCAUCUGGUAGCCCUUUGUCUCCCAGCCGAGCUUCCCCCAUCAACGGCCGUCGUCUCUCUCAAGUCAUUACCAACUUGCAACUCGCAGACCCAUCAGUGCCAGCACCAGGAGAGAUGCUUUCCGACUCGCAAACCAACAGGCCAGGGAGUUUCCGAGCCAUGAGCCCCCACCGACUGUCCGUCACCGGAUCCCCUCGAUUGAUCGCCACUGGAGAGCCCCGUCACAACCGAGCACCAUCUCUUGGGGAAAUACACCAGGAGUUGGAGACUGAGCAGGAGUUCCAAGUCAAUAGGCUCCUUGGCGAAAUUCGCCGCCUCCAGGAACAGGUCGAUAGCUACAGGCGCCAGCAGUCUGGCUCUGCCGCCGGCAGCGAAGAUCCUGCCGAGCGAACCACGACCCCGAUUCCCACUUCGAUCCCGCAGGUCCCAGCCGGAGCUAGCUCCGGAUCCCUGCCGCGGUCCCCAGUCUUUGCUCAUCCGCGCAGCUCGUUCGACGUAGCUCGCGCCGAUCUACGUCGCCGGUCUAGAACCCCCAGUAGAGGAGCGUCGCCUAGGUUGCGGUCGACCUCGAUCAGUGGGGACAGUGGCGAACAGUGGCAUCUAGGCUGCCGUGACGAGAGUGCUUUCUACCAAGCCGAGACUCAAAUGUUGAUUCGUGAGAAUCAGAUGCUGAAGCACCGUAUCAAGGAGCUUGAGCGUCAGUUGACCGAUUCGACCGGAAGCAAUGCAUCCAUCACCCACGAGCCGUCUCAUCCUUCACAUCUCACCCACUCAACAUCUGUUUCUGAAGAAGAAUCGUCCAAGCCAGUCUAGAGAAUGGCUCCCAAGCAAGCUUGGGAUGAAACUUCGUCAGCUGUGCCAGAUGAGCAGUACAGCUGUCUUUAGACGAAGUUCUUUCUCUCCUUGAAGAGCAGGGUGCACUUGGGCACUCGUCUCUUUUUGACGAGAUUCACUUGGUCUUACGAUUUCAUUGUCGUCAUGGCGUUUUAUUGGGGGCAUUAGCUUUAUUAAAGAGUGAGUUUCGCAGCAAGAGCUGUUCUCUGGCGGUUAUGCUUCUCUUAUGGUAUCAAUGGCGAUUCAUGGUUUCAUCAUACUAGCAUUGUAAUGCAUACUGGAGUCUAUCCAGGGCGCCAUCUCAUUCAUUGAAUUGGACGUUAGGACAAGCUUUGAAGGUCGGGUAGCCAUAGGAACAGGCGUUGUAAUUUUCUCGUCUUGCUCUUUAUUGUUGCUUUGCACUGUUUUCAUAUGCUCAUUAAUGGAGUUUGUUAGUUUUAUUGUAUCAAUCAAACCACGAGAUGUGUUUAUGUUGGCGAUGGUGUUUGAUAUCUUGAGAUGCAUGAAGGCUACCUGGGAUAACAUGAGUGCUAAACCUUUCAUCCGAAAAUAGGUAUAGGUAGUGACGUUGAUGUGAUGGAGAUUGGACCAUAGAUUCUAGGAAGGGGAUACUAAUGCAGGAACAAAUCAUCUCCACAACAUCAGAUUAUAAAGCUGAAACUGGUACUAGGGUUUGUAAUGGACGGUAUUCUGAAGGGCGAAUGGAGAUGGAGGUUUGAGUUGGCUGGUAUAUGCCCGUUUUGCGAGGACGUUGACAACACAUACAUAGGUGCAUACAUAUCUAUAUUUGGGUUGACCGAGGUAAGAGACCUACCCACAUAAAUGUGGUGCAACGGGAAAACCAUGGCUUCUUUGCGGUGAGUAUCUUAUGUAUGUUUGUCGGU